AUGGGUACCGCUCUUGGCAUACCUUUCUUUGGCAUUGUUACUAUAUAUCUAUAUAUUACAAAUCGUACACGACGCAUACAUAUCAUGACUAUUGCAAUCACAACUUCAUUAUCAACGGCAAAUAGAGAUUUACGUGUACUUAAAAAAAUACUUACAUUAAUCGGUAUUCUGGGUACAGCUGGUUUGCCAAAUAUUGUUCUUAUCAUUUGGAAUGCUUUUUCAUUGGAUGGAGCACCUGUUUCACUCUAUCUUAUAUGUGCUCUUACGAUUAGUUUUUGUACGAACAUACAAAUUUCAUUUAUUUUUUCAAUGAAUAAGAAUGUAAGAGUUAUUUUCUGGAAUUAUGUACAACGUAUAUUAUAUUAA